AUGAGCGAUACAAUAGAAGAGAAAGAUCAUUGGCGGUCAGUGAUACGUGCGUUCGAUGGGUAUAUGAGGUAUCAUCUGUCGGCGAAUCAUGCUAGACGUAUGAACUUCCUUUCACUGCCUAAAGAAUCGAAACAGAUAUUUAACGGUAUAGGAUAUCGAGAAAAGCUCGAUGCUGUAGAUGAAGGUAUCAGGCGGAAUGCAGAAUUCAUAGAGGAGAUGAUAGCUACACCUGUGUUUGCAGAUAUGCUAGAACAAGAUGAGUCUGAACGUCGACUGUCGCACUCGCAAGCGCAUGCACAUAGUCACGAACAUGACCACUCUCCCUCGCAUGGACAUCCACACGAUGCACCAAGAGCAGAUAAAUUAUCACAACAAGAAAUCGAUAUGGCUCAAGAUAAAAUACGUUCAACACUUCGAUCAUUCGUUAGAGAUUGGGCUAUCGAAGGUAGAAGAGAGAGAGCAGCGUGUUAUGAUCCAUGUUUAGAAGCAUUAGAGAAGUAUUAUCCUUUGGCCAAGGAAGAAGAUGGGAAUAUAGACGGCGAAAAAGAAAUCAAAAAGGAUAGAGGCAGCGUAAGGGUUUUAGUACCCGGUUGUGGUUUAGGUAGAUUAGCCAUGGAAAUAGCUGCAAGAGGGUUCGCUUCACAGGGGAAUGAGUUUAGUUCAUAUAUGCUUAUAGCUUCAGAUUGGGUGUUAAACCACACAAGUCAUCGACAUUCACAUACGAUUUAUCCAUAUCUCCAUUCGUUCUCAAAUCAUCUAUCAACGAUGCACAAUCUACUACUAAGAGUUCAGAUACCUGAUAUUUGUCCUUCGGACGUAUUGGGUAAUGGACAAGGAGGAGCUUUUUCUCUAGUAGCAGGUGAUUUUGAAGAUAUCUACGGUCCAUCUUCUUGGGAUAUACCACGAGUUCUUUCAAAUCAAAUUCAGAUACAAACGUCAGAUCCAAAACCAGAUUCGAAUUCAGAUGGAUAUGGAAACGGAGAUUGGGAUGAAAGUCAAGAUGAUGGUAAAGUAUGUCAAAAAGGUAGAUGGGGUGCCGUAGUAACUUGUUUUUUUAUCGAUUGUGCUCGAAACGUUUUGAACUAUCUUAAAAUAAUUCAUACGAUACUCGCAGACGAUGGAGUUUGGAUAAAUAUAGGACCGUUAUUAUGGCAUUUUGAAAAUUCACCUAAAAACUCUCCUACGGGUGAAGGAAGUAUCGAAUUGAGUUUAGAUGAAGUCAAAGAAUUAGCUAGGAUAGUUGGAUUUGACAUUAGAGAAGAGAAAAUGAUUAAGACCACUUAUACUGGUAUUCCAGACGGUAUGUUGAAGCAUGAGUAUAAUGCCGCAUUUUGGGUAGCGACGAAACGAAAAACGACGUAG